UCUCACGCUAGCUCGUCUAAAGCCGUAUCUAUCCAUCCUCCCGGGAGGCACGUUCCCCGGUAGAGAACGCGGCGGGAAUAGCGCGGCGCUCCGGUCUCUCCUGGAACAAGGAGAAACCUCGUCCCGGUUGUGACAGUGUUAUGUGACAUCGACAGUCGACCAGUAACGAGCACCGGCUUUCCCUCUUUCACAUGGGCGAAGACGAGGAGCGGUUCAGCGUCCGGACCCACCGCGGAGGAAACGAAGAGAACGGAGACAGCAGCGGAGCGUCUCUGGACCCGGAGAGAGAGAGGAGAUAUGCGGAGCUGUUCGAGCAGCUGGACCUGAAUAAAGAUGGCAGGGUAGACAUCAGCGAGCUGAGGACAGGACUUGCGGCUCUUGGUUUGCACCGGGGAGAGGCGGAGGAGAUCGUCCUGGAGAGUGACAUCAACCACGAUGGUUUGCUGGACUUCCAGGAGUUUUCUCAGUAUCUGCGGGCUCACGAGAAGAGGCUGCGGCUCAUCUUUCACAACCUUGACCGCAACAAUGAUGGUCGAAUUGAUGUGGCCGAGAUCCAGCACUCGCUGCACAAGCUCGGGGUGGAGGUCACCAUGGAGCAGGCCUCCAGAAUACUGCAGAGUAUGGACAGGGAUGGCACUAUGACCAUUGACUGGAAUGAAUGGCGAGAUCACUUCCUGUUCAACCCUUUCCACAACAUGGAGGAGAUUGUGCACUACUGGAAACACUCCCAUAUGUUUGACAUCGGGGAACAUCUGACAGUGCCAGAUGAGUUCUCAGAGCAGGAGCGGCGCUCAGGUCUGGUGUGGAGGCAGCUUGUUGCUGGAGCCAUGGCAGGGGCAGUGUCCCGAACAGGAACCGCUCCUCUGGACCGCCUCAAAGUUUUCCUGCAAGUGCACGGCUCCACGUCUCGGGGCAUUAAUCUGUGGUCCGGAUUGAGGGGGAUGGUCCAGGAGGGAGGUGUCUCCUCACUCUGGAGGGGAAACGGUAUCAAUGUCCUGAAGAUUGCUCCUGAAUCUGCCAUUAAGUUUAUGGCCUAUGAACAGAUCAAGUGGGUAAUCCGAGGCAGUAAAGAGGGGGGCAGUUUAAGAGUACAAGAAAGGUUCAUUGCUGGCUCUCUGGCAGGAGCUAUUGCCCAGACCAUCAUCUACCCCAUGGAGGUGCUGAAGACUCGUCUCACAUUACGGAAGACGGGACAGUACUCUGGAAUGGCCGACUGUGCCAGACAAAUCCUGAAGACAGAGGGGGUACGAGCUUUCUACAGGGGCUACCUGCCAAAUACACUGGGCAUCAUCCCCUAUGCUGGCAUCGACCUGGCUGUGUAUGAGACUCUGAAGAACGCCUGGCUGCAGAGGUUCUGUGUAGAUUCAGCAGAUCCAGGAGUUCUGGUCCUGCUGGGCUGUGGCACCAUCUCCAGCACCUGUGGCCAGCUCGCGUCCUAUCCACUUGCUCUCAUCCGGACACGCAUGCAGGCACAAGCCAUCACUGAGGGGAAACCCAAGAUGACGAUGGUGGGCCAGUUCAAAUACAUCAUAUCCCAUGAAGGUGUACCAGGCCUGUAUCGUGGUAUCACCCCCAACUUCCUCAAAGUCAUUCCUGCUGUGAGCAUCUCCUAUGUGGUGUAUGAGCACAUGAAGAAAGUCCUGGGGGUGGGGUACUAGACUGAGACAAAGAAGAUGGACAAACAGCAAAAAAGGACAGAGAAGGCAAAGACUCAUUGUGCUGGUGGAGAGGUGAUGAAGCAGCUCCUCUGUUGUUCAGGAGGAGGUCAGAAAGGAACCAUGGCUCUGCUAUAGACUGCACUUCCUGUCGACACAUUCAGGUUUGAGCUUGUGUAACAUGCAGAUAGUUUGUCAGUAGAUCAUAUUCAUGUGUGGAGAAGAAGACGAGGUUUGACACUAUUAUACCACAUUUAUACAGGCCAUACAUCAACUCCCAGUGUAUUUCUAGUUUAUGCUCCACAGUUGAACAGUCAGGACAUUGUAACAGUUCAGACUGGGGUGUACUAAAUGUUUGACUGACUGAGAACAUACAGUAAUGCUGGUGUCUUGAGAAACACAGGGUCAUUUCAUUUCAUCAUUCACUAAACAUCUCAGAGCGGUCAAGAUGAAAACGGCACUGUGUAAAGAAAUGGACAAACAGAGAAUCGAGCCAGCGGUUCAGAAGCUCAUCAGAUGCUAAAAUGCUGCACAGUGGUUCAUUAUUGAUAAAUUACUUUAUAAAGGAAGCUGUGCAUUCACCUGAUUGGCCAGUGCAGUCAGUCUCUGGUUGAUAUUGCUUUGUGUUAGAGUAAAGUCUAAUUGUUCUGCUGGACGUCCUGCUUGUUUGUGCUGGAGUGGCUCUGUAUUAGGACUGCUGCAGUGUUUUUUUCACUCAGUGCCAGAUGUGAAGAACACAGCCUUAAAACCCCAAAACUUGUUUUUGUCUGAAGUACUUUACAGUCAGAAGCUGUCUCUGUCUGUGUCCAGUUGAGGUUGGUGGGUUUGUGACUGCUGUUUUCAGAUUGCCUCCAUGGCAACCAUGACAGCCACAGAAACCACACAAGGUGAAACUACACAGGAGAUCAUUUUAAUCAUUAAAAUACUCAUAUAAUAUAUAUAGAUAUUUAAUAAUAUAUAACUCAUCUACACUAGCAGUGGACACACAUGUUAAUAUGAAUAGUCCUGGAGCAACGCCAGCAUCAAACUGGGAUUUUCCACUCUGGGCCAAUCAACACUGUUUAUCAUAUUAGUUAAACUUAGUACCUGUGUCAUUGCUAAUGCUUUCCUCCAGUUUGGAAUAACAGAGGGCUCACAAGUUACUACAACCAAACCCAAACAAUGAGAAAAAGCAAGUCCAAGUGUUGUGGUGUGAUAAAAUACUUCCUGAAUAUGGCCUCAGGUACUUUGCACAAUACAAUGUCCUGUUUGUUUCACAUGUACACUGCAGUUCAUCAUACUGCAUAGUUUUCAGAUCAACAGACCGUUGACCCUGUAGAACCAGAAAGGACAGAACAUUUAGAUCCAUGGAAGCUUUGACUCAGUCAUAGAAACACAUGGGAUCUGACUGAAGGUGCAUGAUGUCCGAAAAUAGAAGUGCAUCAGCAUCUCUGUGCAAACAAAGAACUGUGAAACGGUAUCAACAGUUUGUGAGGAGCUGAGUGUUUGAACAGCAAUCAAUACACUGGAGUUUUGUUUCUUAAUCAUUUGACUGAGAAAUGAGGCAGUCCUUGACUUUAUGAAAUGUUGCUGUCCAAAUACUUCAAAGGCUCAGGGUGGAACUGUUACUCAUGAGGUGUAAGUAGUAGCCUCUAGUUUCAUCAUGGUGGGGUGCAAAGCCAGCAGUAACGAGACUGAAGAGGUUGAGCUAAUUAAAAAGCUGUCUCUGCUACCGACAUCACGUAGCUCAUCACAGUUUAACUCACUGAUAUCUCUCCAUGUCGUCUUAAUCCUAGUUAAAUAAAGCAAUCCCAAUUUAAGGUCCACUUACUAUCUUUUCCUGGAGCUUUCAAUUGUAUCACACAGGCUUAACAGCAAAUGUAGUUUGCUUAGUUGUCAUGGAGAUGGAAGUAUUGACAUACAAACUCAGCAUCAUCCUUAGUACUUUUUGUCCAUGUUAGCUAAGCUAGGUAUGAAAGUUUGUGGAAAUUGUAGUUUGAGCAAUGCAAUCCCAACUCAAGGUCCACUUACUGCAUUUUCAGAAGGUUUCAACCUGGGGCAACUAAGAAAAUUGGUGAUGAAAAUUGGGCUGUUGAAAGCUUUGGAAAACUCCAGUAAUAGACUGUACUGUGGGAGCCAGGAGGGCUGUCAGCGUCCCAGCAGCCCUUUACUCAAAAGUAGAUUCAUCAUUUGUUAUCUUUGAUAUGAAUAUAUUAUAUUAAAAUAUUUGGGGGAGGGUAAUGCAGUAUUUUUUAAGUGAAGGAGAGGGUCCAUUUGAGGGCCUUUGUUAGAUAUAUUGACAGAAGAGAGAUGACAGGGAAAGAGAGGAGAGAGACUGUGACUAGUGAACACUGGUUCCUGGACUUGAAUCUGGGACAUAACAGUUCAUGGUUGACCUUAAAGUCUAAAGCAAGAAGUGCACUUGGUGCACUUACAAUGAAGCUAAAGAUUCAGCCCCCUGCCUACCCCAACAGUGGGGCCAGUCCUAUAAAUGUGAAUGUCGCUGACUGACUGAGUGAUGAAGUGACACCACUGGAGUGUUGGAGACUCAAAUCUAGUGACUUUUUGGACAAACCUUAAAUACUGUCUGUAAAAGAGAGUCGUACUGUCCCGUUACCAUCUGCAAGCACACCUCUCUCUGCUGAACGUAUGGCAGCUGAUGUGAAUGAGCUUCAACCUUUCUCUGUGAGUGAUCAUGUUACAGUAAAUCCAACUGAGCUCACAGCUCAGUCUUUGUCGUUACUGAUGUGUUUG